GGUCCGAGGCGCAGCCCGAGCCCGCCAUGGAGCAACCCAGGAAGGCGGUGGUGGUGACGGGAUUUGGCCCUUUUGGAGAACACACCGUGAACGCCAGCUGGAUUGCAGUCCAGGAGCUGGAGAAGCUCGGGCUUGGUGACAGCGUGGACCUGCAUGUGUAUGAGAUUCCGGUCGAGUACCAGACGGUCCAGAGGCUCAUCCCUGCCCUGUGGGAGAAGCACAGCCCACAGCUCGUGGUGCAUGUGGGGGUGUCGGGCAUGGCGACCACGGUCACGCUGGAGAAGUGCGGGCAUAACAAGGGCUACAAGGGGCUGGACAACUGUCGCUUCUGCCCCGGCUCCCAGUGCUGCGUGGAGGACGGCCCGGAAAGCAUUGACUCCAUCAUCGACAUGGACGCUGUCUGUAAGAGGGUCACUACGCUGGGCUUGGACGUGUCGGUGACCAUCUCACAAGAUGCCGGCAGGUACCUCUGUGACUUCACCUACUACACCUCGCUGUACCAGAGUCAUGGCCGCUCAGCCUUUGUUCACGUGCCUCCACUGGGCAAGCCCUACAAUGCAGACCAGCUGGGCAGGGCGCUGCGGGCCAUCAUCGAGGAGAUGCUGGAUGUCCUGGAGCAGUCAGAUGGCAAAAUCAACUGUCGCCACAAACACUGAGAGCCUCUCGGGCCUCCCAAGACCUCGUCCCACUAGGGACCCCAGGAGGGACGUCCGCCCUCCGGGGGCCUGGCCAAGGAGGAUAAGCCUGUCAGCUGGGGAUCGGAUUUGGAUCAAUAUUCCAACGUACACACUUCCUCUCCCUUCUUCUCCACAAAAGGGCUGGUCGCUUUGAAGAAGGUGGCUGAAGAUUUUUUUUCUCGAUUUCCCUUUGCAUCUGGGGACACAGCCACAAUGGCUGGGAAGCUGGUGGGUCCCGAUCUCCACAGGGAAUCCUAGUCAAGUGGAUCUCUGCUCUUGAUCCCACAGCUGGGGCCACCUGCUCACCUGCUUUUCUAAGUCUCUGGUGAAGGGAUUCCAGUGUUCCCUCUGUCCAUGACUGGUUUUUCCCAAACUUAAAAACUCCUUGAAGAGUCUUUGCCCUGAUCCAUGUCCCAGCAGCUGGGACAGCCCUGGAAAGGGCUGCCUUGGGAUAUGGCGGAGGCUUUUUUCCCUUCUCUUUCUUAUUCUCUUUUUCAAAAACAAUAGUGCUAGUUUGGGCACAGAGGAAUUUAUAUUCCCUUUGGUUAAAACGCGGGCUUUCACCGACAACAAAGUGUCUUUUCUUUUUCCUGGGAUGCGGCCCCUUCUUGCCUCUUUCUCUGAAAACGGGACCCACAUCUUUGUGUCGGAGCUGACAUCGGGUUCCGUUUCCUCAGGGCGGGCAGGGCCCUUGGCCAGGCCCUGGGGGGGUGGGAGCUGCUGCCCCAGCUGGUUAAAAAGGUGGGCUGACCCUUUCGACACCAGAGCCGUGAGCUGUACCCGUGGGGACUCUGGAGCAGGGGUAGGAAAACAGCCCUUGUCAUUUUGA